CGCGGAAAUUGCGUUAACUGCUGAGCGCCAAGUGGGCGUCAAGUUUAUUGUUGGAAACUUAGUUGCAUUGCAUGCGUGGAGUUGUGUUUUCAAAGUGAUUGUGUAUUUGUAUGAAUGCGUGAUUUCCACUGCUGCAUAUUUUGCUCAAUCUGAUGAAGGUGCGCUUGAAUCAAGUGAUGAACCACUUCGUAUCAGAAGAAUGAUAAAAUGCGAAGUCCACAUGAUCAUGCGGUUCUCGCGAAACGGAAAUCAUUCGGAAACGUGCUCUUCUUCGUCAAGACGAUAGAGGAAAGACUGGUGCAGGCUUUCUUCUGUCGUUGAGUGUGUCACUUAAUUUUUUAUUAGCCAUUUAACGCCGUUUUCGAUUACGUAUUAAUUUGAGGAAUCCCAUUAUGUUCCAGGUUAGUUUUGAAAAAUUGCGAUGAAUUCUGCUAACCCUAGCUUGAGACGAAAAAUACUCGCGGCUCAAGGGAAGAAAAAGUUGGGUCGGAUGAGAGGGAAGAAGAAGCCAGUCGCGAUGAACGGUGAAAGUGCGUCGUACGCUGCUGGAGAACCCCGUUCUUCAUCUUCUUCAUCGUACACGUCGUCUUCCUCCGGCACGUUAUCACAUUCAAGUGGAUCUUCUGACAUAGACAGUUCUUCCGAUGACGACAACGACGAGGGACAAAAGGGAUCUGAUAACGAAGAGCAAGAGACGCCCAGGGAUUACCGGCGUGGCGGCUAUCAUCCUGUGCAACUCGGCGACACGUACUGUGGCCGCUAUCAUGUACUGCGCAAGCUUGGCUGGGGAUAUUUUUCUACUGUCUGGCUGGCCUGGGAUAUGACAUCUCGCCGAUUUGUAGGCUUGAAGAUCGUGAAGAGUUCCGAGAAUUACACGGACACCGCGCUCGAUGAAAUCAAGCUUUUGCGUUGUAUCCGUGACACUGACCCUUUCGAUCCGUUCAGGGAGCGAAAUGUCAUGCUAUACGACGAUUUCAGGAUGUCUGGCGUUCAUGGAACUCAUGUUUGCAUGGUUUUCGAAGUACUAGGACACAACCUUUUGAAGCUUAUCGUCAAGAGUGAUUACAAGGGCAUUUACCUGAACAACGUUAGACGGAUAAUCCGACAAGUGCUCGAGGGAUUGGAGUACCUGCAUGACAAGUGCAAGAUCAUCCACACGGACAUCAAACCCGAAAAUGUGCUCGUAAAAGUGGAGGAGAGUGAAGUUCGUCGAAUGGCCUACGUUGCUUACCAGCGGCGGAAACUGGAGUUGCGAAUGCCGAUUUCGUUCAUCAGCGCCGCCCCGUCCAGUGUGCUUGACCUGCUCGGAAUGAAGAUGUCCAAGAACCGGAAGAAGCGGAUGAAGAAGACUGGCAAGCGCAACGAGGAACGAGAAAAGGAAAUGGAAGUGAUGUGGAAGCUUCACGGCACUGACGCGGAGCUGCGUGAGUUCUACGGGCCCGGUAUUGAUGUGAUUCGUCUCAAGUUGUACCUUGAGAAGCGAUUGAAGGACACUUUGCAAAUUGAAUUGUCCACUCGGAGGGCGGAUUCGUUGACCAGAGCCUACUUGGCUGCCCGGGCCCCGGGGGCCACGAGUGAUGAUUACGAGAUGCUGAAAGAAGCUCUCGCGCGAUGCCUGCCGAGACAUCAGAUUUUCGGUGCUGAGUGUGUCGACUUGGAUGCUGUGAUUGAAUUGCUGCGUUCUGCGGAACGCAACGGACAAGCUGCCGUCUGCCAAGUGAAUGGGGAAGCGGUUGCGAGCGAUUGUGUGGAAAUGCCGGAAGAAGACGGCGUGGAAAAUUCGGGAGAGUCCUGCGAGGAUAAUGCGAAUUCGGUGAAAUGCGAGCUUGUCAAGUCGCUCGAAAUGGCUGGAGAUGGUGCUGAGGUGGCCAAGAGUUCCCCGGAAUCGGAAAUGGUGCAACAAGAUCGCGUUGCGCAGAAGUGUGUGCCACUCGGUGACCAGGCCACAGAGAUUUCGUCGGUCAAGUCGGAAACCGGUGUGACGGAGGCGACUGUGUUGCCCUUGGAACCUGGAUCUCCGUCUGAAUCUUUCGUGAGUUGUGAGAAUCUUGGCAUCGAAGCACAGUUGGAAGAUGUUGCAGUUGGAUCUGACAAGAAAAUGGAUUCUGACGUCGACGAUCACGAGCAGUAUUCCACGCCUCCGGAGCAGUUUGAAGUUCGUGCCAGUUCUUUGGACCCUCACGUGAAUGAAAGCGAUGGUACAAGUAACGAGUCUCUGUCGCAGUCAUUGUCAUCCCUGAGCUUGAGCAAGUCGUCUCCCGAGUCGUCGGAAAGUGCCCGGGGCGGGGAUUUCUCGGAAGAAAUGGUUCCCGGAGUGGACGGGGACUGCGACCUGUCUGUCAAGAUCGUGGACGUUGGCAACGGGUGCUGGACAUUCCAGAAGUUCACGGACGAAAUCCAAACCCGUCAAUACCGGUCGCUGGAAGUGCUGGUGGGGUCCGAGUACGGCUGCUCUGCCGACAUCUGGAGCACUGCGUGCAUGGCAUUCGAACUCGCCACCGGCGACUACUUGUUUGAGCCCAAGGCCGGCAAGAAUCGCACUCGAGCCGAAGACCAUCUCGCCAUCAUCAUUGAGCUCCUGGGCCCGAUCCCGCUGCACAUUGCCCGAGGCGGAAAGUAUUCGCGGAAUUACUUUACGCCGGACGGACAGCUACGGAACAUCAAGCGACUGCAGCCCUGGGACCUGUGCAGUAUUCUGCGAGAGCGGUACAAGUGGGACGAGACGAAUGCCCAAGUGUUCGCCGACUUCCUCACGCGGAUGCUGCACUAUGACCCGUUGAAGAGAGCGAGGGCUGCUGAAUGUCUCCGGCAUCCCUUCUUGAAUCUCCAGUGAUGAUCGUAGUGCCUUUUGUUUUGUUUUUUAAUGAUCCCGGAUUUUCUUCUUUUUCGCGUCUUUUUUUUGUUUUGUUUUUGCGGUGGAUGGGUUUUGAUGCGGAAGCAAUUUGAUCCUAGCGAUGCCAGUGCCUCUUCUGUGUUGAUAUCUCGGCCGACCGCCUCUGUCGAAACAAAAUCUAUGAAGGACUGCUUCAGUUCCCCAAUUCUCUCUCUCUUUUUGUACUGUAAUAAGAAACUUUUGUUUUUCUUCAAGUACAGAGACCAACUUCACGCAAUUUUCUGAAGUGCUAUCAAAUCUACUUGCUCUGAGCAUCCCCAUACAUUGUCUUCACGGUUAAAACUAACCUGACUGUGGUUUGAAAAUCCAAGUGGAAAGUAUUCAUCAACGUCUUUCACGUAUCUUACCUGAAGAAAAAAUCACAAUGAAUUGUUUGUUUUUUCGUUUGGUGAGAAUCAUUUCUGGGUACAAUCUCUGAUUACUUCAUGGUUACUGAACAUCUCCAUCCGUUGUCUGCUUGAAUAACAUUUUUGGAAUCCUGUUUCGAAUGAAAAGACACUAUUAUGGAAGCUGACACAUUUGUUCACGAAUGAUGAGUGCUCAAGAUCCUUAGAUGAAAACAAUUUUAGUCUAGCUUCUGUGAUUUUUUGUUGUUGAGCUUUUGAAACUUCGCGUUGUACUUUUUUCAUUAAUAGUUAGUUUUGAAUACAGUAGUUGAAACUUGAAAGUCAGCAGGUGUAGAUUUUUGUGACAUCGAUUUCAGAAUGGUCAACCGUAUUUCAUAUUCUCUCAGAUGAGGUUGAUGUUAUCUCGUUCCAUGCCUUCUAACUGACGAUGAAGUUCGACCAUUUUGUUGUUGUUGCUGUCGUCCUUUUUUUCUCUUAGUUUUCGCCCCGUUGAUAAUGUCUCCGACACCUCGAUGAUAGUGUCAGUGCUUCUUUGAUUGUGGUAUUGGUCGCAUUGUACGGGAACGACUUCGUGAAUGAUGCCGUGGGUCAUGGAUUUCUUGUCGCUUCUUCGCGUCGCGCAAAGUGUUGGGCUGCUUUUUUUUUUUGUCAGAUUCCGUCGCAGCGGUGAGGUUUUUUUGACUUGUUGCGAUAUAAAGCGCGGUAAUUGCGAGA